AUGGUGGAUACGCGAGGUACAACUGACAGUAAAAGAGAAGACAGCGUUCAAAAAACUCGCGUGCGAUAUGUCGAGGCACGCAAAGCGGCAGCCACAGCAGUAGCAAAAGCCAAAGCUGAUUCCUCGGAGAAAUGCGGUGAGGUGUUGGUGUCGAAUUUAUACAUGGCAAACAAAGGGUUCUGCCACACCAUCCGCCGACUCCGAGGUGAAAAAAAGGGCGCUCUCAGAGUCUUAAAGGACAUAUCAAAGAUGAACUCAUUCUUCGACGAUGGAGUGGAGUACUCUGAGAAGCUUCUUAACCCUGCGCAACCGAAGAAAGACCCGCCUGUAGAGCACAAGAGUAGGGAUAUUACUAUCUCUGUAGAUGAAACUGCAGAAGCUGUGAAAAGCUUGAAAAAUGGAAAAGCUGCUGGAAUUGACGAAAUCCACCCUGAGAUGCUCAAG